UACGAAAGCAAAUGCUGAUGUGACAGAGAACAUCUCAUAGUUUGCUCAGAGAAGCAGUCAAGACGAGCUUCGAGUGUCGUGCUCGAAGAACGAUUAGCUCAGGAAGAAUACAGACAUGGUAGAAGAAAGGAUGGGGGACUGUUGGAGCCACACCAAGGAUCAAUUUGACAACUUGGAGAAGCACACACAGUGGGGGAUCGAAUUUGUGGAGAAGUACACCAAAUUUGUCAAGGAGAGAUCAGAGAUCGAAACCAGCUAUGCAAAACAAAUUAGGAAUUUAUCAAAGAAGUAUCAACCCAAGAAGAACUCACGAGAAGAGGAUGAGAGCAAGUACACCUUCUGUCGAGCCUUCCUGACAACACUUAAUGAGUUAAAUGACUAUGCAGGUCAACACGAAGUCAUAUCGGAGAACUUAACAUCUCAAAUCAUCACCGAGCUGUCACGUUACCUGCAGGAGCUCAAGUCUGAGAGAAAAUCGCACUUCCACGAUGGGCGUAAGGCACAGCAGCACGUUGAGAGCUCAUGGAAACAGCUGGAAUCGUGUAAAAGACGGUUUGAGAGAGACUGCAAAGAGGCGGACAGAGCACAGCAGUACUUUGAGAGGAUGGAUGCUGACAUUAACGUGACUAAGGCUGACGUGGAAAAGGCACGACAGCAAGCUCAGAUGAGACACCAGAUGGCUGCUGACAGUAAGAGCGAGUACUCCUCCUAUCUGCAAAAGUUCAACCAGGAGCAGAAUGACCAUUACUACACAAUUAUCCCCAACAUAUUCCAGAAACUUCAAGACAUGGAGGAGAAAAGAAUCGAGCGGAUAGGAGUGUGCAUGAAGACGUUUGCAGACGUGGACCGCCAAGUGCUGCCAAUCGUGGGGAAAUGUUUAGACGGCAUGACGAAAUCAGCGGAGUCCAUCGAGCCCAAGACUGACUCUCAGCAGGUGGUGGAGUCCUUCAAGUCUGGAUUCGAGCCCCCUGGAGAAGUGGAGUUCGAGGACUACGGCCAGGCCAUGAAGAGGACGGCGUCCGAGACCAGCCUGUCCAACUCCAAGGAGGGCAAGGAGAGGCCUGCUGGCAAGAGCAAGGGCAAACUGUGGCCUUUCAUUAAGAACAAGAACAAGUCUCCCAAGCAGCACAAGGAGCCCCUCUCCCACCGCCUCAACGACUUCAUGGCCUCCAAACCCAAAAUGCACUGCCUCCGGAGCCUGAGGCGAGGGCUUUCUCUCAAGCUGGGUUCUGGACCAGAAGACUUCAGCCACCUGCCACCAGAGCAGAGAAGGAAGAAGCUCCAGGGAAAGAUUGAUGAGUUAAAUAAAGACAUUCAGAAAGAUAUGGAUCAGAGGGACGCUCUUACUAAGAUGAAAGACGUGUACGUGAAGAACCCUCAGAUGGGAGACCCCGCCAGCGUGGACCCCCGACUAUCAGAAAUAGGCCAGAGCAUCGAGAAGCUCCAGUCUGAAUUGCAGAAGUUCGAGGGCUGGUUAGCAGAGGUGGAGGAGAGGAUGCCAUCCAAGAGCGACACACACCGGAGAAGUGGGUUCUUCGAGACGCAGAACAACACGACAGUGAGCAACAACUGUGCGCAGGACAGAGAGAGCCCGGACGGCAGCUACACGGAGGAGCAGAAUUCAGAGACUCAGGUCAAGGUCAGCACCCACCCCGUCCCCACCACCAGCACGCCGGAGUUUGACGAUGAGUUUGACGACGAGGACACCUUGCCCACCAUCGGCACCUGUAAAGCCUUGUACCCCUUUGCAGGUCACAACGAGGGCACCAUCGCCGUGGCCGAGGGCGAGCUGUUGUACGUCAUAGAGGAGGACAAAGGAGACGGGUGGACGCGAGUGCGCAGGAACGAGGACGAGGAGGGAUACGUCCCCUCGUCCUACGUCGAGGUCUUUUUGGAAACAAAUGCCAAAGUUGCAGAUUCCUAAAAGUGGGGCUGGCUGAGGAAUGGCAGGGCAAGCACGCCUCGGAGAUACCACCACGUUCCUCACACGCUCAGAGUGAAAGACGACCUGAGUCUAAAGAGACGACCCAUAAUAUCACAUCUCAAUUUCCAAACUGUUAAAAAAAAUUCACUUUAUCAUCACUGUUGCGCUUCCUCUGCUAAUCUCUGCAAUGUGAAGCAAGGAUAUGAGAAUUUCAUCAAAAUUUAAGAGCUCAUAACCUGUACCUUCUUAUUAACACCCAUUCAGAAGUCCACAGAACACACCUUCUUUGUGUUGCUUUCAGCAAAGCUUCGCUUCUUAAUGUAACUAACUCCGCUUGCAUCACACGCAGUCAUGAAAUUUGGCUUUUGGCUUCCUCAGACUGAGCGUCGCCCCUCUUUUUCCUUACCUUUCCCCUGUUACACACAUGGCAGAGGGUGUGGUCAGAGAGAAGAUGGAGACCACCAGGAGCCUGCGGACAAAAAAACAGCGGGAGAACCCAUGACACCCCUCAUCUAGUAGUGUGUGUGUGGGGGGGGGGGGGGUCAUGAACUCCUCACUCACUCACUCAUUGACCUCAUAGAGAAUCAUCCAAGGAUCAUCCACCUUCUUAAGAGGCUGUAAAAACCUCAUUCACUUCCUCUUUACGCCUACUUCCUUCCCACUAAAGUCACUAAAGUCCACAUUUGCAGGUUUCACCCACCUGACAGGACGGGAAGUGAAGGUGCUGAUCAUUGGUUUCUGUGUCAUGUGCUUCUGGUUUGUUUGAGAGACCUGGAUGUUAUUUUUAACGGAAUUCCAAUUCAAGUAUUUUUCCAGUUCCAGUAUUUUUCAACCUAGGCCCCAUAUAUAUAUAUAUAUAUAUAUAUACAUAUAUAUAUGUGGCACUAUAUAUGUGGCACUUACAAAAACGUUGCCUCCACCAGCAGCUGUGACAGCAGUGGCUACAAUGUAAUCUUAUGGGGCAACUGCGACAGCAACUAAAAAUGUCUGGUAACAUUUUAGAUGUCGCUCAACGAGAAGUCCCCCUCUGACCUGUGCAGCAGCUCGUUGUCCCUCUCUUAAUUUGUGCUUCAGUUUGUAGGAGAUUUUCGUCCAUAUCCUCCAGCUCCAACUUUAACAGGACACUUUGUGGACUGACGCAGUUGCCCCAUAAGAUUACAUUUAACCCACUGUUGUCGAGUUACGGCUGCCGGCGGAGGUGAUCCUUUCUAAAACGUUUUUUUUAAGUUAAAUUGUUUAAAUUCCCCUGUAAGGUGUUGUGUGUCGUAAAUGUCCAGUUUACUCCACUCCCACAUUCCCAGGACCAGCUGGAGCGAAAAACGAAGUGAUGCAUGAUGUUGUCAUUCACCAUCACUCUCAUCAUCCACCGGUCUUCCUGUCUUGUCACUGGUGCUUGUUCUUCUCUCUGACCACACCACCCUAAUCACUUCCACGGCCCCUCCUCCCUCCUUAGGCGGCUCAGGCUUACCCUUGGCUGCUUUCAGCCCCAUUCCUCCCCUGCCCCUCACCCUCUUUUUUUUUAUUUGCAACAGCUCAGGGGCGUUGUGGUGUGCUGCAUGCUUGCCCUGUCGUCCUCCUCGCCCCCCUCUGCUGGUGGCCCGGAGGAGUUGGUGCUGGGCGUGUUUGGUCAAGCUUAUGCGCCCCCCCUCCCUCCCUCCAGCCUUUCUGUUCAGUUAACCCUCAUUGCCUGGUCGUACUGUUUGAAUAACCUUGAUGCUACUGUUUGGGUUCGGUGCCUGUGGUUUUUUAAAAUGUCUUUUCUGUUCUGGUUCAGAAAGCAUGUUUCCCCUGUUUGUUUGUUUUUUAACAGCGAGUGAGUGAUCACCUCGUCCACAGUUAAAUGUCAAAACUGCAAAAAGGACCUGGGUUGUCUUUCUUUUUCUGAAUGAUCUUAUGCAUAGAUAGUUCAUGAAAGUCUUGUGCAUUUGUUUUACAGUCCAGUAUGUAUGUAAAAAAUGUUUGUAAUGUAUGUUUUCGAUCGGAGUGUCUAACGCAAGUUGUUAGUUUACAGUUGAUCACCUUGUGCUUGGUCCAAGCAGCAGUCAACCCGAAAAAGAAGAAGUUAUGAUUGACACCUGAUGUGUUUUUAGGAUGGCCCGCCUACUGCCUAUUCUACUGUAUAUGAAAAUAUACUGUGAUUCAUCGUCCUGUGAACUUGUGACUGAAGUGUGACAGACAUCACCUGUUUCGGGGCUUUACACCCGUUUUAUGUUCGACCACUGCGAGAGAGAAUGAUGCAGGUGUUUCCUGUGAUGUGGCGAAAGGAUCAAGAUGUGAUUUAUCUCAAAAGUCUCGGGGGCAAAUUUCAAGACUUUUUAUUUUUAAACAAUCACGAGGAAUUAUGCCCACCCCUCCAACCCCCCUUCCUGCUCAACGGCACAUAAUGUAUGUGAUUUUUAAGAUUCCUGUUUUAUAAUUUGAAUGAUCUUAAGUUGAGAUUCUGCUUUCCUGGUUUUAUUUUAAGCUGGAAAUUAUUGUUGUAGCUUUUUUUUUCUCUCUGCCUGAAUGGGACUAAAAUCCCUUUUAACUGCAAAUAUAACUUAACUGUUGCGUUGCUUUUUUUUCUUCUUAUUUGGAUGAAGCCAUUUGCUGAAUAUUCAUCUGAUGCAGAAUAUUAUGAACACUUCCCGACAUCGACGAGUGAUGGACGCCAACAGUUUGGACUCUUGAUGGAAGGAAAGAUCAAAGCCCUGCUGAAGCUUAAAAAUUAAGAAUACCAUGUUCGCUUUUUUGCCACCCGUCUCAAAAAUGUCAAGAUAUCAAACACUUGCGUUGUAUUAGUUUUCUGAGUGACACAUGACAAUAUAAACCUUACGAGGUAAAGACCACCACUUCAACGGCAGCAAUAGUUUUAUAAUGUCUGCCUUUGCUCUACGACAAGACCACCACAAAACUUUCAGUUGACGCCCCUGAAUAACCGCCUGUACAGAGGAAAUGGCGUGAUGGAAUUAGAGAGAGUAUAUAUGAAUAUAUAAAUAAAGUUUAAAAAGGACAAACAUCUAUUUUAACUAUUGGAGAGUCUUGCCAUGACUUCUGCUUUGCAAAGUAAGACUUCUUUUUCCUUUGUGAGGUCUACCAAAUGGUGUGUUUUGCACUUUUUCGUUUGUGUUCCAUUUGGUAGCCCAUGCUUGUGUUUUGGAGCACUGAAUACUUUGUAUUGUGUUUACUGUGCCAAUUAAAUAUGCCUGGAAAGUAAA